AGUGAAAAUUGUGCAAUUUCAUGCAAAUGCAAUUUCGAACAAAAUCAAGGGUAUUAUAGUCCAAUCAAGCCUCCCAAAUCUCAAUUACACCCAUUCUACAGGGGUAUAACCGUAAAAUCAGGAAAAAGCCGCCUCGCUCUUAUCACCCUCUGCGUAUAAAAAUGCAGAAGCACUUCUUACAACAUCUCAAUAAAAUCUCGAUUUUUUAGGAAAACGAUUUCCAUUUUCAUAGCAAUCACUGUAAAAAUUGCAGGCGAUUUCUCGAAAUGUGCGGAGGAGCUAUAAUCUCCGAAAUCACGCCGCCGACGAGCCUAUCGUCGCGCCGCCUCACCGCCGACUUGCUAUGGGGCAGCGGCGCCGCCGCUCUGAGGAAGAAGAAGAAUAAUUGUAACUAUUACUCAAAGCCGCUCAGAUCUAGGCCUAUCUCUGACUUCGAUGAUGACUUCGAAGCCGAUUUUCAGGAUUUUGAGGAUUACUCCGAUGAGGAGGAGGAGCUCGAUUUGAAGAAGCCGUUCGCGUUCUCUGCUCCGAAGAAUAUCGGUGUUAAAGCUCAUAAAUCUCUUGACCCUGCUGAAUCUGAUGAGGAUGCUGAGAAGUCCUCAAAAAGAAAGAGAAAGAAUCAGUACAGAGGGAUCCGACAACGUCCAUGGGGUAAAUGGGCUGCUGAGAUCCGUGAUCCAAGAAAAGGGGUUCGAGUUUGGCUUGGUACUUUCAAUACUGCUGAGGAAGCUGCAAGAGCUUAUGAUAUCGAAGCUCGGAGGAUCAGAGGCAAUAAGGCUAAGGUGAAUUUCCCAGAAGAUGUUCCAGUCUCUGCAGCUUCAAAGCGCACACUUAAGGUGAGCUCACGGAAAGUGUCUUCAAAUGAGAACUCAGAAUCCGGUCAGUAUAAUCUGGACCAAAACAUGAGCUUCACCAGCAUGCUCAGCAACAACUACUACGAUUCAUUGAGCCUCAUGGAGGAGAAGCCGCAGAUGAAGCAGUAUGGAUAUGGUGAUGUGGGACUAAAACCACUUACACCCUCAGAUGGCUCCAGUGUUUACUUCAGUUCCGAUCAAGGAAGCAACUCCUUUGGCUGCUCAGAUUUUAUUUGGAGCGACAACUGUGUAAAGAAUCCAGAAGUGUCAUCCGUCCUGACCACUGUUGUUGAAAAUGAUGAUCAACCUCUGGAUUCUGAUAUUCCUCGCCCAGCAAAGAAAGUAAAACCGAGCCCUGAGAAUAUGGUGGUCCCUGACAGCUCUGAUCUUUCAGAGUUCGAUUCCCAGAUGAAGCUGUUUCAGAUGCCGUAUCUUGAGAGCAACUGGGAUGCUUCCAUAGAUGCCCUGCUCAGUGGGGGUGUGAAUCAGGAUGGUGGUAGUGCAUUGGAUCUAUGGUCUUUCGAUGAUAUUGCAGCCAUGGGUGGUGUCUAUUGAGACCGCAUCCGACUCUCUUGCUUUUUGUCUGUAAAUAAGGCUGCAUGUGUGUUCGUUGCUGGGUGAUGGAGGACGGCGAACAGUGAAAGCGUGCUCAAGCCAUCGGUGCUGUUUUAGCAAGGCUCUCAUCCUAACCGAGGUGUACAUAGUAACUUUAAUUUUAGCCUGCGUUUUGUGUUUCUGUGACUUGGUACUGAGAGAUUAAUUCCGAAUUUUAGUCGAUGUUGGUGUCUGGAUCAAUACCUUGUGCUGUUUGAUUAUACUACUAAUCUCUAUGGCUAUUUCAGCUUUUGUGUAUUUGUAAUUUGCUUUGGUAACAUGUUGACUUGACAUUAA